ACGCAACCUACCUAUAUAAAGACAUCGGAUCACCGUUUCAAAUCAGACUGUCACUGAAUCAGACUCAGUAAGCCCACUCCAAUCAAAAUGAAAUUCCUAGUCCUUUUCGCCGUCGUGGCUUUGGCCAGCGCUGAUGUUGCUCACAUCGUGAGAACCGACGAGUACCAGGCACCGAUCAUCAAGUCAUCUUACGACGCGGACCCAGUAGGCAACUUCCAAUACGAAUACGAAACCGGAAAUGGCAUCGCCGCUCAAGCUCAGGGUGUCGUGAAGAACCCCAACUCCGAGGCCGCUACUCUUGAAGUUAAGGGAUCAGUCCGUUACACCUCCCCUGACGGUACCCCAGUUGAGACCACCUACGUCGCUGACGAGAACGGUUACCAAGCUCAGGGAAGCCACAUCCCCGUGCCACCAGAAAUCCCAGAGCUGAUCCUCCGCAGUCUCCAGUACAUCGCUGAGCACCCACCACCAGCGGAAUACAUCAAGAAGACCGUCGCCUAAGUUAAUACCGACCUAGUACAAAGUUAUCAACACUGCCUGUAGAAAAUUGUUUAUCCCACAUCUUAUGUUUAUUUUGUUUUUGUUUUCUUUUAUAAGAUUGUAACAACGAUAUGGAUUUUGAAAUGAAGUACACUAUAGAAAAUUA